AAAAUCACUUUUUUAAAAGCUUUUUCCACAGUUUUCAGAUGAUAUUUAUGGGUUGUGUUGUCAUGAGAAUGACAACACAAAGUGUUGGUGACCAAACCUCUCUGUGAUGAAACCAGCAGCUCAAAUGGUAAACACCUUUCUUUUGGUUACUCCAAACUCUGAUGCUGCACACACUUCCACUGUUGUGUGACAAAGAUUUACUUUUCCAGAGGACACUUCUAGAAACCGCAGAAAUGAAAAUACUGGGGGCUUAAGAUAGUGGGUUUGUGUGUGUGUGAGAGCGUGUUUGGUGUGAGUGUGUGGUGCAAGGGGGAGGGAGGAACAUGAAGUGAAGGGAGGAGAUGUUUCUUUCCUGCUACAGGUAUAAAUUACAGGGCUUUUGCUCUUUGAUCCUACAUAUUUCACCUGCAGGCAGCAUCACAUUGAAUUCUCGACCCUCACAGAUGGGGCAGAUCACUUCCAAGCAGAAUGUGCUGCCUCGGACCGUCCGCUUCUCGAGCCACGAGGAAGGCCCCCCCAGAUACUCCCCGCAUCAUUUCAAUGGCAGGAAUCCAAAUUUGCGCACCAAUCCCACCGCCAUCGUCUCAGACGAGGACUCCAGCAGCACAGCAGAUCGGCGGGGAUCGCGGGCGGAGCUGCGGCGCUCCUCCCUCUACAGCACCAUCGACCUGGUUCCUCAGCUGGAGCAUUAUGCCAGCUCCAUACCGCGCCAGCAAACAAGGAGCCGACCCUCCCUGGAGGUGCUGAGGAAGUCCUUUGAGGAUGUGGAAGGCAGCGUGGAUGGAGAAACCACUCUAGGCUCAAUCGGCCUCCCAGUUCCAGAAAAUGAAAACGAAGAGUCUGAGAACACCAAGGAGAAGGCUCCGGUUCGGUUCGGCUGGAUAGUUGGAGUGAUGGUGCGCUGCAUGCUGAAUAUUUGGGGGGUCAUCCUGUUCCUCCGCCUGUCAUGGAUCACCUCGCAGGCCGGUAUUGUGUUGACGUGUGUGAUCAUCCUCAUGUCUGUGGUGGUAACCUCCGUGACGGCGCUCUCCAUCUCUGCCAUCGCCACCAACGGCAGGGUCGUUUCAGGUGGAGCGUAUUUCAUGAUCUCUCGAACUCUGGGUCCAGAGAUCGGAGGACCAAUCGGGGUGGUCUUCUCCUUCGCCAACGCCCUUGCUUGUGCGCUCAACACUGUUGGCUUUGCAGAAGUGGUUCGUGAUCUGAUGCAGGAGUUUAACGUUGUCAUGGUUGAUUCAGUCAACGAUGUUCGCAUCGUGGGCGUCAUCACUGUGACAGUCCUUCUGCUCAUCUCACUGGCUGGAAUGGAGUGGGAGUCCAAAACUCAGAUUUUAUUCUUCUUGGUUCUGUUGGUGUCCUUUGCCAAUUACUUUGUGGGAACGUUUAUCCCUCCUAAAAGUGAAGACCAAGCUGUCGGAAUCUUUGGAUACAGAGGAGAUAUCUUUGUAGAAAACCUGACGCCAAACUGGAGAGGGCCUCAAGGAAGCUUCUUCCAGAUGUUUGCCAUUUUCUUUCCAGCUGCCAUUGGAAUCUUGUCAGGUGCUAACAUCUCUGGAGAUCUUAAAGACCCAGCCGUUGCCAUCCCCAAGGGAACACUAAUGGCUAUUUUUUGGACAACAGUUAGUUACCUAGGGAUUACUGUAACUGUUGGAGCGUGUGUGGUGCGAGACGCCUCUGGAAACAUGAGUGACAUCAUUACUGGAAACAACACUGACGGUUGCAUGGGACUGGCGUGCAAACUGGGCUGGAACUUCACUGACUGCUUACAAACCCAGUCGUGUCAGUUCGGGCUGGCAAACAGUGUGAAGGUUCUGGGACAGGUCUCUGGGUUCUACUACCUCAUCACUGCUGGAGUUUUUGCUGCCAGUUUGUCUUCUGCUCUUGGAUUUCUCGUCUCCGCUCCUAAAGUGUUUCAGUGUUUGUGCAAUGACAAAAUCUACCCAUACAUCAUAUUCUUUGCAAAGGGUUAUGGGAAAAAUAACGAGCCACUUCGGGCCUAUGUGCUCUGCUACCUGAUUGCUGUGGCCUUCAUCCUCAUUGCUGAGCUGAACACCAUUGCAGCCUUGAUCUCAAACUUCUUCCUGUGCUCCUACUGUCUGAUAAACUUCAGCUGCUUUCAUGCCUCCAUCAUGAACUCCCCAGGAUGGAGGCCGUCAUUUCACUACUACAGCAAGUGGACGGCUCUGUUCGGGGCUGUGAUCUCUGUGGUUUUGAUGUUUCUGUUCACAUGGUGGGCCGCUCUGGUCACUUUCUGCAUCAUCUUCUUCCUGUUUGGAUACGUCAACUACAACAAACCAAAGAUAAAUUGGGGUUCAUCAGUUCAAGCAGGCACAUACAACAUGGCUUUGUCGUACUCUGUCUCUCUGACCAAUGUGGAGGAUCACGUGAAGAACUUUAGGCCUCAGUGUCUGGUCUUGACUGGACCGCCAAACCAGCGACCCGCUCUGGUUGAUUUUGUUGGCUGCUUCACAAAACACAUCAGCCUCAUGAUCUGUGGAGACAUCAUCAUGGAGCAGGACAGAAAGACUCGACCAAACAACACCACAGACGUGUUGGUGAAGUGGCUGAACAAGAGGAAGGUGAGAUCCUUCUACACUCCUUUCACCGGAGACAACCUGAGGACUGGAGCUCAUCAUCUGUUACAGGCUUCUGGACUUGGCAAGUUAAAACCCAACACUCUGGUUCUGGGCUUUAAGGCAAACUGGAGGGACAGCGCCCCAGAGACCAUCGAGGAUUAUAUCAACACCAUUUAUGACUCCUUUGACUCCAAUUACUGUUUGUGCAUCUUGAGGAUGAUGGACGGCCUGGACGUCACUGCUGACUUGGAUUUUAAAGUGAACGAUGGCUUUGAACCUGAUGAACCUGAAGAACCUGUGGAACACGAUGACCAGCAUAGUAAUGAUGAAGACCCAGACGCUGACAUGUCUGAUGAAGACAACAGCGAUCAGAUCAAGACUGUGUUCCAGAACGAUCAGGGCAAAAAGACCAUUGAUGUCUACUGGAUAGCUGAUGAUGGAGGUUUGACUUUACUGGUGCCCUACCUGCUGACCAGGAGGAAACGCUGGCACCGCUGCAAGGUCAGAAUCUUCAUCGUGGGAGACGAACAAAACGAGGAGGAGGGCCGCAAGGAGAUGAUCGCUCUGCUGAAGCGUUUCCGUCUGGAUGUUAAUGAUGUCAUCGUCAUGACGGACAGUGAGAAGCGUCCUCAAGCUAAGAGCUUGACCCGGUUUGUGGACAGCAUCGCCCCCUUCAGGCUGUAUGAUGAACAGCAGGAAGGCGUUUCAGUGCAGGAGCUGAGACAGAACGCCCCAUGGAAAAUAUCUGACAAAGAGUUUGAAGUGUUCAGGCUAAAGUCUGAGAGGAAGAUCAGGCUGAAUGAAAUCAUCCGCAAGAACUCACAACACACUGCUCUGGUGCUCGUGAGCCUCCCUGUGCCGCACAGAGACUGCCCCAGCUCUCUGUACAUGGCCUGGCUGGACACUUUGACCUACGGCCUUCACUGCCCCGCCGUGCUCAUACGAGGAAACCAGCAGAACGUCCUGACUUUCUACUGCCAGUAAACCCUGAGGAGAAAUCAGUUCUGAAGGAGCAUGUGACUAAAACAAAACUGACAUCCUGAGAACAGCAGCUGUAUGAGCAGAACUAAAGAUUUUGAAGAGUAAGAUCAUAUUUUCAUACUUUUACAAACCUAUUGGACACAAAAGAAGCAAACAAGCUCUGCUCAACUAAAGCAUUUAGUGAUUACAGAAGAAACUUAGAAAUGAACCAGAUGGGAACUUUCUUCUUAUCUUUGGGCACUACGGCUUCCUCCAAAAACAGUCCCAAAAACAUACUGCAUAGGUUGAUUGGUUACUCUGAAGUGUCCUUAGGUGUGCAUGUGGGAGAGCUCACGUGCACUGCGACAGUCUGGCAACCUGUACAGGCUGUAUCCAGCCUUCGCCCAACAGUAGCUGGGACAGGCUCCGGCAUCCCCGUGACCCAAAAUGGAUUUGGUGGGCUACGAAAAUGGAUGGAUGGAUAAACAAGACAAAAAAAACGUUUUUUUAUGCGUAAAAUUCUUUGCACUUCAACUCCAAGAGGGGUAAUGCAGAGCAUCAAGUGAGCCUGCGGAUACUUUGAGGGAACUAAAGGAUGUUCUUACUCUAAAAAAGGGUUCAAUUUACAGCUGCAUGAGAAAAAUGGCACAAUAAUGAUCUCAUGAAAAGGUUAUUAUAGUCAUGUGCUGAUAAAAAAAAAAAAAAAGUUCCCCGACUUUUGUAGUUCUGUUGUAACCCUUCUGCUAUCCUAGGCACUUUACCAUUGGGAGUUGGGUCAUCUAGACCCACUAGACAGUGCUUUAAACCUUUUUUCUUCAAUGAUUUGUGAA